CAAUUUUUUUUUAAAUUUGCCGCUUUUUUCUCCUGACGGAAAUGGCUUGACAGAGUAUAGGAUUUAUUUAUGUCAAUCAAAUGAAAUUGCCAAUACUUGGAAAUCACAGCAAAAUUGGUAUAGAAACCUUUUUAUUGAAAUAGCCGCUUAGAAGAAACAUUCGAACUUCAUAUUUCAAAACUGUCAUGAAAUGAAGCUAAAUUACUAACUGAAAUUCCAAAUUUUUAUUGUUAUACAUAUUUAUUUACAGUUUUUAAUUAACAUGCCCGUUCCUCAUCACGACGCGUGGCAGGGCUGUACUAAGCCCGAAGUGUGCGCUUCUUCGUUGCGGCUUAUGAAGAUGACCCACAUUCCUCUGCCCCCUCAACAAUAAUGGAGGGUGGUGGCGAGGGCGUGGUAGCGGUGGUCAGCUGGCUUUCGGACGCGGGACUAGCCUUUAGUCUUGUCAGCAGCUCUCUACAAUGCCGACCUCCGGAAAAGCUAACGGCACCGCGGGCGUCUCGCAACCCCUCAAACGCAGUAGCAUCACAGACCGUCUCCGAGCACAAUUAUAAACGUCGACACCUAUCUCCAGACCCGUAUGCUAGCACCUAUCAGGUAUCCCACUGCGGCGUGGACACCCGGUCCUUUGCUUGUACGCACACAGAAUUUCCGCCACAGAGGAAGAAACCAUCAUCAGAAUUUGGCAAUUUUGAGGUGGGCUAUAUCAAUCGAUGUAACUCCCCUGCACGCAGUGACAUCCAUAGCUACCGAAGAAAAUUGGAUACACUUGGAAGCAGAGGAUGCCAGUUCAGGCCGCAGCAGGAGCGCGACGUAGAUGCGUUCGUGAGCUCGCUCAGGAAGUACCCGAGCGUGACCGAACAUUCGCCGUCUGCUCAACUGCUGCAACAACUCCUCAAAACUUCACGAAAUCACUCCCCAAAACAAUCCCAUGCCCCAGCACCCUCAAAGAAGCGCCGUCACUAUUGGGACAAACCGCGACCCUUCGCGUCACUCAAUCCUUAUUCCAAUAAACAGAAAGAAAGUUACAGAAGAUCACGCAAGAAGAAACACACCAACACAGAUGUUGAUUCAAAGGAGAAGGAAUGUUCUCUGCGAGGUGGACUUGUAAGUGUAACCGCCUUCGACUACUUGAACAGCGGGGCCCGAUCGUCAGCAAGGAACUUAAAUAAGAGAAUAGAAAAUACUAUUUUCAAGAAUGUUUUUAGAGAGAAGAACCGGGACAAAGGAACACCCGUGACUGCCUUUCCAGUUUGUCCGAUGCUUCAGAGCAGAUAUGAGAAGCAUUUAAAGAAAUACCAUGCGGGGACCUCUAAAAUCCCUCACGUGGACUUGGGGGAACUGCAGACGUGUAGCAAAUGCUUGCAAAAGCGGCCAUGUCCCUGCGAAGCUGCUAAACGCAUCCGUCGGAUUGUAGAUAAAGAUGUUGAAGAAAUAAGACAAUUUGAAGACGCCAUCUUUUCCUGGCUUAAAGAUAUACCUGUAUAUCCAAAUGAAAACCCACAGGACAAAUUUAUUAGAGACGCCAUUGUCAAAAAAUUAGCAGAAACUCUUAGUAAACUCAAUGGUGCAGACUUCGCUAUAGAGGGGAAAGAAGAAAUUAAACGCGCUUUGGAUAAAAUGCCGAUGUGGUACCCGAAAGGAGAAAAAGAACGAGAGAAUUUUAAAAAUGAUAUUAUUGACAAUUUGUUAGAGAAAAUAAAAGGCGUUCAAGAAAUGAAAAUGUUUAAUCAGGCUACACAAGACUUUUUUGAUGACAUAAAGUUUGGAAAGGAAGUCGAUGCAGAACAAGCAUUAGAUGAUAUUAUUAGAGAAUUAAAUAAAAUAGCGCUUAAUAGACCAGAAAAUAAUAAUGUAUACAGAGAUCUAUUAAAAAUGAAAGCGUUUGAACUACUGGAUGGACUUAAUAUUAAAAGUAGCGGAAAUAAAUACGAAUAUUUGAAUAAAUUGUCUGACGAGCUUGCAGAUCGUUUAUUAAAUGUAUCUAUUAAAUCCCAAGAUGCAGAACAGAAAAGUUACUUGGAUAACGCUAUCAGAAACAUGCUUGAUGAAACCAAUGUUCGUAUCAAAGAUAGAGAUAAUGUUGAGGAAAAGUUGCACGCUAUUAUCGCUGAUGUUAUUGCACAAAAUAUUGAUAAAGAUGAGGCUGAAAUGCAUAUAAAAAGUUUACUAGAAGGAAAAGUUCCAGAGAGUGAAAUCGAAAAUAUCACUAAUAAGACACUUACAUUGGCAGACACGAGUCAAGAUGUAAUACAGAUAGAUCCGGACACCACAGAAAGUAUACUUGACGACAUACGUGAUAUUCUUGAUGACUCCGAAGCACAGAUCAGGAACAGAGAUCAAACUGAAGAAAGUUUACGUAAGCUUGUGUGUGAUAUAGCCACAAAAGGCAUAAAUGAAGAUAAAGCUGAAACACAAAUUAAAUCUUUACUCAAAGGCAAAGUGUCGGAUAAUCAACUCAAAAAUAUUACUGAUCGAGUACUAGAAUUGGCUAUUGAAGCAAAACAAAGUCUAUUUCAACCGAUAGAUCAGGAAACUAAACGGAUUAUAAACGAAGACAUACGUGAUAUACUUGAACACUCUGAUGCGAAUAUAAAGAACAAAGAUAAAGUUACAGAUAAUUUGAAUAAACUUGUAUCUGAUGUAAUCACAAAGGGUAUGAGUAAAGAAAAGGCAAGCUCUGAAAUAAAAUCUAUACUUAAAGGAAAUGUCCCAAAACAUAAACUAGAAGAUAUUACUAAGCAGGUACUAGAAUUGGCUGAACGAACGAAAGAAAUAGAAAAAGACACGAAAACAAUAAAAAGAGAUAUACAAGACAUCCUUGAUCUUUCCAACGUUCAAAUUAAGAAUAGAGUGAAAGUAGAGGAAAAUUUAAGUCAGCUCGUAUCAGAUAUAACCACAAAGGGCAUAGAAGAAGAUAAAGCAAAGAGUAAAAUAAAAUCUUUACUCAAAGGAAAAGUUCCGGACAAUAAACUCCAAGAGAUUACUGAACAGGUACUAAUAUUGGCUGAUCGGAUGAAACCGAUUGAUAAUGAAACAAAACAAGUAAUAAAAAGAGACGUACAAGACAUCCUUUCUGAUGCUCAAAUCAAGAACAAGGAAAAAGUAGAAGAAAAUUUAAGUAAGCUUGUAGCAAAUAUUACCAAAAAAGAUAUAGAUCAAGACCAAGCUGAAACACAAAUUAAAGCCAUUCUCAAAGGAAAAGUAUCGGAAGAUACGCUAAAUGAUAUUACUGAACAAACACUAAAGUUAGUAGAUCGGGUAAAACCGUUAGAUAGUGAAACAAAACAAAUCAUUAAAGGAGAUAUACAGGAUAUUCUUGACCUGUCCAACGUGCAAACUAAGAAUAGAGGGAAAGUAGAAGAAAAUUUAAGUAAUCUAGUAGCUGAUAUUACAACAAAAGGAAUGGGGGAAGAUAAAGCUAAAAGUCAAAUUAAAUCUAUACUCAAAGGAAAAGUAUCAGAAGAUAAACUCGAAGAGAUUACUGAACAGGUAUUAACAUUGGCUAAUCAAGUGAAACCGCUUGAUAAUGAAACAAAACAAGUAAUAAAAAGAGACGUACAAGACAUCCUGUCUGAUACUCAAAUCAAGAACAAGGGAAAAGUAGAAGAACAUUUAAGGAAGCUUGUAGCAAAUAUUACCACGAAAGAUAUAGAUCAAGACCAAGCUGAAACACAAAUUAAAGCUUUUCUCAAAGGAAAGGUAUCUGAAGAUACGCUAGAUGAAAUUACUGAACAAACACUAAAAUUAGUUGAUCGGGUAAAACCGUUAGAUAAUGAAACAAAACAAAUCAUUAAAGGAGAUGUCCAGGAUAUUCUUGACCUGUCCAACGUACAAACUAAGAAUAGAGGGAAAGUAGAAGAAAAUUUAAAUAAGCUAGUAGCUGAUAUAACAGCAAAAGGAAUGGAGGAAGAUAAAGCGAAAACUCAAAUUAAAUCGAUACUCAAAGGAAAAGUAUCAGAAGAUAAACUCGAAGAGAUUACUGAACAGGUACUAACAUUGGCUAAUCGAGUGAAACCGAUUGAUAAUGAAACAAAACAAGUAAUAAAAAGAGAUGUACAAGACAUCCUGUCUGAUGCUCAAAUCAAGAACAAAGAAAAAGUAGAACAAAAUUUAAGUAAGCUUGUAGCAAGUAUUACUAAGAAAGAUAUAGAUCAAGACCAAGCUGAAACACAAAUUAAAGCUCUUCUCAAAGGAAAAGUAUCGGAAGGUACGCUAGAAGACAUUAUUGAGCAAACACUAAAAUUAGUUGAUCGGGUAAAACCGUUAGAUAGUGAAACAAAACAAGCUAUUAAAGGAGAUGUACAGGAUGUCCUUGACUUUUCCAAUAUUCAAAUUAAAAAUAGGGGAAAAGUAGAAGAAAUAUUAAGUAAACUAGUAGCUGAUAUAUCAAAAGGCAUGGAUAAAGACAAAGCUGAAACACAAAUUAAAUCUGCUCUUAAAGAUACAGUUCCGGAAAACAAACAGGAUGAAAUUAUUAAAAAGGUACUUGCAUUGGCCAUACAGAUGAAAACUAAAGUUAAAUCAAUAGAUCCGGAAACAAAACAAAAUAUAGAAAAACAGAUAAGUGAUAUCCUUUAUCAGUCAGAACCUGAUAUAAAGGACAAACGCAAAGUUGAAGAAAAAUUACGAAGUAUUGUAUCUGAUAUACUGAUGAAAAGAAUCGGUAGAGACAAAGCUAGACUGUCCAUUAAAAGUAUACUUAAAGGUAAAAUUCCGGAGGACAACAUAGAAAAUAUCAUCCUCAAGGUCUUAGAGUUAGCUAAACGUAUAGAGGAUAAUCUAAGUAUGCAGCAUUCUAAAUUAGAAGAAACCCUAAAAGAAGACAUAAGUGACAUCCUUGAUCGUACUAACGUCCGCAUUAAGAACAGAGACAAAGUUGAAGAACAUAUACAUAAUAUUGUAAGUGAUCUAGUUAUGCGUGGCUUGGACAAAAGUAAAGCUCAAGAUUACAUCUAUAGGACGCUCAAGGGAAAUGUAUCGGAUAGUCAGAUUGAAGAUAUCUCUAUGAAAAUACUUGCCCUGGCUGAGAAUCUAUCGCGAAGCUAUAGUGAAAACAGCGGCGGCCCGGUUGCUUCUUCAACUCAAAAUGAAGAAAAAAUAUUGUUUGAUCAGGUCUAUGAAGUUAUAAGAGAUUGGUUAAAGCAUCGCGAUAUCCAUUUAAGUGAUAAGAAAUUAAAUGAAGUAGCAGAAGCUAUAGCAAAUGAGACCUUAGACAGACGGAAGUAUUUGCAGCUUAAUCCAGGAGUAAAAAUCUCAGAAGCUAAGGAAUCGGAAAUAUUAAAGGAACAAAUUUAUAAGGUUUUGAACAAUUUAAUAGAUAAAAAAUCAGUUCAGUUAAUUAUGACAGAAGCUGAUGAUUUAAUGAAUUCUCUAAAACAAAUUCAUGCUCUUCAUGUAUCUAGGGAGUCUAGCAAAGGAUUGGUUCAGGAUAGCAUACAAUUUAUUCAAGAAAACUUAGAAGGUGCUUUACUAAAUUGGUUAAGGCAAUCACCAAUUUAUCUAAGUAGGGAUCUAAGAAACAAACAAACUCAAGAGCAAAUAAUGGUUGAGUUAGCUGAAUCUUUAGCAAGUGUUCUUGGCUCUCAAGCAAUACAAAAACCAGGUACGAAUCCGGAUGAAGUUUUGUUAAAAGAGAUCAUUAAACACAUAGAGCGUUUCCCCUUAGAACCUGAAUUUAAAUCUAAGGAAUACAUUAGGAAGUUGGGUAAUCACAUUUUAGACUACUUGAAAAAAAUACAGUUAUUUCAAGAUAUUUCAGCAAGAGAUUCACAAAGAACAAAGUCUUCUUUCAUGUCUUCAACUAAUCAAUUAAACGACAUUGUCAAAGAUUGGUGUGAUACAUUGCCGCUUUCAAAUACAGACGGGGCUUUUCGAAUAAAACAAGAUCUUGCUAAUAGAAUAAUAUUAAAAGUAGGAGAAAUGAAUAUGAACCAAGACAUAUUUAAUGACGACUUGUUAUAUGAUGAAAUACUGCGAGAUUUUAUUGAUCAACAGGUACAUGAGUUGAACCUGGAAACGCAUAUUACUGACGCCAGUAAAAAACUUCUCAUUGAUCAAAUUCAACAAGUUAAACAAAAAAUUCAAGACGAUUUUAUUGGCAGAAAAUACAAGCAACAACUUCGCGACACUAUAUCGAAUGUUUUGCCUUCAAUAGCAUGCCCGAUGGCAGAGGACCUGGCAUCGUUUGAGUUAAUGAAAGAGAAUCUUGCGGAUGCUUUUAUCAACCUAAAUUAUUCGGUCGAAGAUGACACAGUUAGGGCUAAAUUUAAACGCAGAAUAAUGGAUGAAGUCAACAAAUAUGCUAAUGACUAUUUGAAACGUUGUCCAGCAACUCCCGUUAGUACAAGAAAGCUUAACGAAGACUUGUAUAAUGCUUUAAAAAAUGUACCAGUACCCGGUGAUGAAUCAAUGCGAACUGAAGUAGAGUCUGUGCGAAUGAAAGACGUUAUAAAUGAUUGGCUUAAAACAGUGCCUAUGAGUAAACAAUCUAUAUCGGAACAAUUACAUACGAAUAAAGUAGUAACAUUAAUGGCGCAAAAACUGCAAGAAUUAGAGAACGAGUUUCAUCCCAAUUUUGAAGAAAUCGCCAUAGCAGAGAUUGCCUCAUACCUAAAGAAGCUUCCUUUAAAGAAUAAAAACAAUCUACGAGAGAUGGCUAAGAAAGUUGUCGACAAGAUAAAAAAUACUGCUGAAUCAAGAGCAUUUGUUGAAGGAACGAGAUCUAAACUUACUGAUGACUGUUUAUGUGAAGAUUUUCCAUUGCCAUGCAUUCCAAGGCGAACUAGCUAUCUUUCCUGUGCAUCUUUUAUCCCUCCUUGUGGAUUAAGUAAAGAAGACCAGGAAAUAAUGCAACGAAUAAGAGAGCGGGCAGUGCUUUGUGAAGCUGGUACACAAUCACGACGAUGUAGAGAUGCUGCUGUGAAUCCAGCGCCUUUGGAUCACGAGAGUCAAACAGACAUGCCUUGUAACAAUAAAUGUUGCCAACAUGCAGGGAAGCCUGAACAUGAGUGCUCUAAAUCCGCUACACUAAAAACCAAACGAAUACCAAUCGGCACUCGUCCUUGCCCAUCCACUGAAGGUCAGGCAGACUCAUCCCCAUACGUCCUAGUGAAAGAAUAUUAUUGGGAUUCGAACUUAGGAAACAAGGUAGAAUUCGCAACCCAAACUCCCGCUGAAGAAUCUGGCAGAAUAUGUAUACCUUCAUCAUGUUUAAACACUGAGCGCUUAUGUCGCCCCCGGUCCUCACUAACAUCACGAAGAAUUCCUGUUAAACCGCGCUCACGGCCAGAAGCUUCUACCUGUCAAAGGCCGACACCAAGAAGACAAUUCACUAGCGCAUGCCCAAACGAGUUCUUCAACCGUCCGAAACACUGUUCCAGAUCUCCUCUCGUACCAGACAGGGAUUAUUUAAGAAGUAGUUACAGAUGUGUUGGACCAAGUUGUGGUCGAUUGAAGUCGCCUUGCUUGUCUUGUAAGAGAGAUCCCACGAAAAUCUGUGAUAAAUGCUUCCCAAUGCAUGUGUGUCCACAUCCUACGUGUCUUUAUUUUAAAUGACCGGUAUUUUAGUCUUGUUUUGUUUAUGUUACGUGCGAUAUUGUUAAUGUCAAGUGUUAUUUUCUAUUUGUUUAAUCAAAUUAUUUUUUUUUUAAU